AAAGUUGUCUUUCAAGCAUAGGUUGCCCCAAUAAACAAAAACUGAGAGUGCCCAAAUAAUUUAUUUCAUUCCCUCCCUCCUAUUUAAUCCUGUCCAGAGUGACACACAGUCCUUACUUCCGAUAACACAAACAACUAGGGACAGCCAUUUAAUUUUCUUUUUCUUCUUCUUCUUUGAAGGCCAUUGUCAAUGGCCAAAGAAAAUAUCUUUGUUACAGUGGUCUUUGCUUUGCUUGUUUUUCAUGAGUGUUAUUGUGCUAGUGCUAGUUCUACUACUACUACUACUACUACUACACAUGAAGUGAAACAAGUAAAUGAAGAAGAAGAAGCUGAGAGAAUAUUGGGACUUCCUGGGCAGCCCAAGGUCUCUUUUGAUCAGUUUUCAGGCUAUGUGACUGUCAAUCAAGUGGUUGGUAGAGCUCUGUUUUACUGGCUUACUGAGGCAACUCAUGACCCCUUGUCAAAGCCUUUGGUUGUUUGGCUUAAUGGAGGUCCAGGUUGUUCCUCUAUAGCAUAUGGUGCAUCUGAAGAAAUAGGCCCAUUCAGGAUAAACAGGACAGCCUCGGGAUUAAACUUAAACAAGUUCUCAUGGAAUACUCUGGCAAACCUCUUGUUCCUCGAAACUCCGGCCGGCGUUGGAUUCUCUUACAGCAACCGGUCAUCGGAUCUCUUCAACACCGGAGAUCGUCGCACUGCGGAGGACUCGCUGCAGUUUCUGAUCCGGUGGAUGGAUCGAUUCCCACGUUACAAAAGCCGGGAAGUGUACUUGACUGGAGAGAGCUACGCCGGCCAUUAUGUGCCUCAACUGGCUAGAGAAAUCAUGAACUACAAUUCCAAUUCCAAACACCCAAUUAAUCUCAAAGGAUUUAUGGUUGGGAAUGCAGUGACAGACAACUAUUACGACAACCUUGGAACAGUGACAUACUGGUGGAGCCAUGCCAUGAUCUCUGACAGAACAUACAGGCAACUGAUCAAUACGUGCGAUUUCAGCAGGCAGAAGGAAUCAAACCAGUGCGAGUCGUUGUACAGUUAUGCUAUGGACCAAGAAUUCGGAAACAUUGAUCAGUACAACAUUUAUGCACCCCCUUGCAACAACUCCGAUGGCAGCACUGGUGCUACCCGCCAUACAAUUCGCCUUCCUCAUCGUCCCCAUCCGUUUGAUCAGAUAUUCAGGCAGAUUUCCGGGUACGAUCCAUGUACAGAAAGAUACGCCGAGAUUUACUACAACAGGCCAGAUGUGCAGAAAGCUCUUCAUGCCAACAUAACCAAAAUUCCAUAUAAAUGGACUGCUUGCAAUGAAGUUUUGAAUCGGAAUUGGAAUGACACAGAUGUAUCGAUUCUUCCCAUAUACCGGGAACUGAUUGCUGCUGGUUUGAGAAUUUGGGUUUUCAGUGGUGAUGUGGAUUCAGUAGUACCAGUCACUGCCACACGAUAUUCCCUAGCACAGCUCAAGUUGUCUACCAAGGUUUCAUGGUACCCUUGGUAUGUUAACAAACAGGUGGGAGGGUGGACAGAGGUAUAUGAAGGACUAACUUUUGCAACAGUGAGAGGGGCAGGUCAUGAAGUUCCACUUUUCAAGCCAAGGGCGGCCCUUCAGCUCUUCCAAUCUUUCUUAAGAGGGGACCCCCUUCCAAAGUCAUAGAAACAAAAUAUAUCCUAUCUAUCUCCAUUGGAACACUGUACUAGGUACUAGGUAAUUUUUUUUAAUGUAUUUUGUGUACUAGGUAGGCGAAGAACUGUCAUUUUAAAUAUUGAAAAGAAAAUAUUUAUUUGGGGGAGGAGAAGAAAGAAUUCAAAAAAAGAUGAAGAAACAAUUGGAGUGGAGAGGAUUUAUUUUUAUUUUAUUUUUGUAACUAUGAAUUGGUUUGAAGCUUUAGUUUAGUUGAAAUAAUCCCAAGGAAA